AUGUUCGACUGGGCCGGUUAUGUUUUAAGGACAGCCUACUAUUAUGGACAUUUAAUCGGAGUUAGCAACUUUGAGUUCGACUGGCGGACUGGUCGCGUCUUUGCGGCCAGAAGAAGUACCUUCUAUGCCAUUGUCAUCAAUGGCAUUAUGUUUUUACUUUUGAUUUUCCAAAGUACAAAGAAAAUGGACUAUAACCUGAUCAUCGGCAAGUCAAACAAGCUGCUCCAAUAUGUUAUCGCCAUUGUUUUUGGAUUGAGGCUGGCAGCAGGGAUUUCCGUCAUUCUUGUUAGAUGGACCCGGAGAACCCAGAUAAUGCGCUUGGCCAGAAUGGUGAUUCCUCUAUUUCUGGAAAAACCACAGGUUAUGAGAAUGUCUCGCCGGGGUAUUCUCAUUAAGUUCAUCAUUGCUUGCACGACUGACUUUCUCCAAAUGUCAAUCAUCUGGGAAGCAAUGGGUUACGCGAAAGACUAUCAAAUUCUAGGAAUGGUUUUGCAGUUUUGGAUGUCGACCAUUUUGAAUAUAGCCACAUCGCACCAUUACCUGUUAGUUCUUUUCGUUCGGGCCUACUAUUCUUUGCUUAACACAGAGCUGAAACAGGUGAUUGAAGAAAGCAGAAAGUUAAGUUACCAUCCCCAGCGGAAGGGUGCUUUCAUGACCAGAUGUUGUUCUUUAGCGGAUCAGCUGGAAAACAUAGCCAAACUCCAAAGUCAACUCCAGUCGAUUGUGAACCAGGUGUAUGAUGUGUUUGGGAUCCAGGGUCUGAUGGUGUACGGCGGAUACCAGAUUGUUACGAUAGCUACCACCUACCUCACCUAUAGUAUCCUCAAAAAUGGCCACGAAAAACUGGAGAUGACUUUAAUAUCGAUGAUCUUGUCAUUCAGUUGGUGCUUCUUUUACUAUGUGGAUGCUGUCCUCAACCUUUUUAAUAUCCUAAAUUUAAUAGACGAUCACAAGAAGAUGAUACGUCUGUUGGAGGAGCGAACACUAUUUGCCUCACGCUUGGAUGUUCGUUUAGAGGAAACUUUUGACAACUUACAACUACAGCUGGUACGGAACCCAUUCAAAAUUAAAGUACUCAACACAUUUACCAUUACCCGCAGUUCUACAUCAGAAGUGCUUGGAUCUCUUAUAACGUACUCAAUACUGCUAAUUCAGUAUGACAUUGAAUACUUUUAA